GAACUCGGUAUUGACGCCAUCGGUAAUGAAAGCUAUUCGCGCCUAUAUCGCUCCCAACCUGCCGCAUACCUGGGCAACGAACGAAUGCGUGAGACCUUCACUGGCCAUGGCGGCGCCUGUCAUCGAUCUCCGAGCGCAUCACGGCGAUAGGUCCAAGCAACUCGUCCCUAGGGGGCAGUCGCCUUUUUGUCGUCCACACCUGCUGUAGAGCUUAUACUCAUUCGAACUAUGCGAUUGGAUCUGGGACUCGAGGGAGACACUGGUUCCUGAUCAGGACCUAUGAGGUAACUUGGCGGAGGUUAGAGUCUACGUAUCUGGUAUGUAUCUGGAGGCAAACCAGUCGCCGCCACAUGUUACGUUAUGGAUGGUUUUCUCUCUCCUCCGACCUUCAUUCGUUUGGCGCUCGCCUUCUCUUUCUCCAUCUUCCCUAUUCCACCCAAGCCUUCAUUUACUUCUUAAGUUCACGCACAUUGCUAUCUUCCUUUCUUCGAGCCCUCAUCGUCA